AUGGCCCAACGGCCAACUCUGCUCGACUUGCGCUCCAAGUCGAGCUCCUCCAACAUGACUAGCGCUUCGAGACCCCUUCGGUCGCCUCGCCUUCAUGUCGCUGGCGAGAUCCCUCCCGAGCUCUCGCCCCUCGAUGCCUUCGCCCUCCAGAGUCGCCUGCUCGCGCGCCAAUUGAAAGAGAGCGACAACGCUGGUCGACGGAUGAGCCGCUUGCCUCCCCUCACCACCGAAAGCCCACUCGUCAUGCAAGGUCGCUCGGACUACUUCCGUUCCAUGUCCCAGGAUGGCAUGUCGGAAGCCAGCCAGUCGCCUGAACCGCUGGAUAGAGGGCUUGGCUUGAUGCCAGAAGUGGAAGAAAACCUACAGCGACCGAUGUCGAUGCACCCGCGCAUGAGUCGCAUCCCCCCGACUCCCGACGAUGGCGUACCGCUGCCGCCACAGCCUAUGCUCGACCAAACUCGUGGGCGAACGCUGAAUCACAUUCGAGAAGACUCGACGAAUUUUGGGGCCAGGAGGGAAGAGUCACCGACGCCGAUGGAGUCCGCGCAAAUGGACGAGCCGCCAAGCUCUAUAGUGCCAUCGCCGCGCAAAGACACGGCCGCAUCGCUCCCGAUGCCAUCCUCAUCCAACUCUCUGGUCGCUUCGCCUGAAAAGAUGCCAAAGAAGCACUCCUUCGAUGGACCAGGUCUAGCGCCACCGCGACCCAUGUUUGUCAAGCGGCCUUCAGCAUCCAGCACCAUGUCUUCUCCUCUAGUACCCACUGACGAAGAUGGUGUCAUGAGCUCCUCCUUUCAUUCGCUGCCACAUCGCAAGCUAUCCAGCGGCAGUGCCAUGUCUAGUAUGGCCGCCAUCUCUCCAGCUGUCACCUCUUCACACUACCAAAGAUCACCGUCUAUCAGCUCUGACAUUUCUGUUGCGCUACCACGGCCAUCUUUCAACUUUUCGAGGCCACUGAGUCGAGCAGGAACUCCUGGUCCUGAGACACCAUCGCGUCAGGCCUCGUCAGACACUCAGGCAUCUUUUGUCUUGGCAGAUGACACGGCGAAUACGCCGAUCAGCAUGAAUAGCGAAGGCUUCCCGGAUACCCUUACUGAUGACGGUAAAUCUGCAGCAACGUCAUACAUUUAUUCCAAAUACACACUUCCGAGAGGCAAGAGUGUUCAAAGGUCGCUGCCACUCGAAAGUCAGCCUCCGGCAUCCUUACGGUGGGAGCAGUCGACUACGCGCUCUGACAACGGACAGUCAACUCUGAGAGGCGCACCUCCGUCACCGCCUACUCGACCAUCGAGCUCGUCAGAGAGGAUGAUGCCGGAUCAUAUGAGCCUGGCGAAACACUCUUUUGAGCAAGGCAAGAGAAGCAUGGAGCGCAAUGCACUUCGCCUACAGCCGUCGCCGAACCCAAGUCGACCAUCAACUGAGAGCAGCCGCGCCUCUGAGGACGAGACUAGGGGCCGCCCCUUGACCUCCCCUAUGCACGACAAUGCCAGAUUAAAGACGGCCAUCUCAGUCGCCACUUCUGACUCGGCUAGUACCGUCAAGCCGGCGAAGUCUUUGCAUUCGAUUGCUCCCUCGGCCGCGGAUAUGACGGCUGAAGAACAUCUCGCCAAAGGUAUUGAGUGUCAUGAAAAUGGAUCCGUCAAUGAGUCCACCUACCACCUACGACACGCCGCUAAACAGAAUCAUCCUACGGGCAUGCUUCUGUAUGCCCUCGCUUGCAGGCACGGAUGGGGCAUGCGCCCAAACCAACGGGAGGGAGUGGAAUGGUUGAGAAAGGCCUCCGAACUCGUGAGCAAUGAAAUCGCAGACGAUGAAGGCCAAGUCAAGCAAGGCAAGCAUGUCGAUGUACUGGACAGAAAGACUCGGAAAGCUCAAUUCGCUCUCGCCGUGUACGAACUUGGCGUCAGUCAUAUGAACGGCUGGGGCAUCGAGCAAGACAAAGUUCUAGCGCUCAGAUGCUUCGAAAUCGCUGGAUCCUGGGGUGAUCUUGACGCAUUGGCGGAGGCUGGCUACUGCUAUGCGCAAGGCGUUGGGUGCAAAAAGGAUUUAAAGAAAGCCGCCAAGUUUUACAGGGAGGCCGAGUCCAAAGGGAUGAGCAUGGUGGGAAACAGCUGGAUUCACAAGUCGAAAUAUAACGAUGACAGCAAAGAACUGAAAAAAGUUCGUAGCAAGUCAAGAACGCGCAAUAUUUUCGGCAUCAAGACGGGUGGCUCAUGA